GCAUUUGGCGCCUGAAAUUCAGGUAUUAUAUUAGCCUCAGCUAGUUUGCUUUAAAUGUUCCUGUUGUGGACGAAGCAAUUUCAUUAAAUCCUUCGUUUCUUCUUGGUUAAGACGGGACACUGUGGAAUUAAUCCGCAGGGGAAAAAAUCCUACUGGUAAGUAUAGCGUUCAGCCUAUUAUUGACGUUAAUCGUAAAUUGUCAAUUGUACGUCGUAUUGUCAACGGGGGCCCCAUCCCACAGCCGAAGGCUUACUUUAACAGCACUGAAUGAAAGAAAAAAAAAUGAUAAAGCCUGUUUUAAAGAGAAACAAUUAGAGGCAACCACUCCCUUUAAAACUGAGAAUCGCUUUAAUGAAAAAAAAGUUUAAAAAAUAUUAAGUAAAAUGGUCUUUUAAACAUACAACCGAAUAAAUAUAUACAUUUUGGGGGGGGGGGGGACAUAAACAUCUAGAAGAAGUCGCUUCUAUUCCAUUUCAGAAAACUGGCAGCAGGAGUAUGAGGGAGCAACAACCGGAAUUAAAGCCGGAUACUUAGUAAAUAAGUCGUGAGAAGUCUUUCUUUUCCUUGUUUCAACUCACCGUUUUGAAAAAGGCGAGUCACCAAAAUAGAUGCUGAAUUUACUCCUCGGCUUGCCACAAACCUUAAAACAUUUCUCUGCGCAAAUUUAAUUUCUAAAUUGGCAUAAGGGGCGACUCAAGCAUGCUAACUACGCGUGAACAGGCCCGUGCUACAAGACGCAAGCACAUCAAAAUGACCACGCUAGACCACGCUCCAGUCAGGUAAGAAAUUUUACCUCAAGGUUUUUUUGCACUCUAAAACAUCACGAUCCCACGUUUGAGAAGGAAAUACGACUUUUUAAAACUUUUUUGUUUAGUGAUUACCUAAUUUUAUUUAAACAAAAAACGUAACUUUGAAGACCAUUUCUCAGCUAAAAUAGAAGUGGAUGAAUGAAUACUAACAUGGUAGCCGCGACCUACCACCCGCGAAUUAAGUCCGAAAUAUAGGCAGAUGGGUAACGUGGAGAACCCUAUAAUAGGGUCGGGGAUGCUCGUCGGAAAAUUUCGAGAACACCCUUAAAAGGUACCAGAAUCUCGUUUUAUGGGCGUGUCCCAAAUUCAUUUCCACCCCAAAGAGGUACCAAUUCAACAACAACAAAUUACAUCCGUGGCACAAAUACAUUUUUCAGAUCGAUAGCCCUGGGCGAUAAUCACCUUACCGCAGGCCCCUAAAACGUACCGAGACAACUCUGCAGCAGUAAUUUUAGGUUUUAGCACCCUAAGCGGUAACCAAUCCACAAAUUUAAAGCCCUAAAAGGUAAUACGACCACCCUCGUCACCUUUAUAGGGGAGAACCCCCCGGAUCUUACUCGCCUACAACGCUUAAACGAAACCUAAGCCACAAUAUGCUAAGUGCUAGCGCAAAUAUUACCGACUAAUGACGUUCAAUUAAACCUUAAGAUAAGCUUGGGUACGUCGGUGUCAACUGAGCUAGCUGGAGACGAGUUCAGUACGCUUGUUUAGUGUUGCCAGAUUAGCAUGUGUGUCCUAAAGAUUAUAUUCAGUCAGGUAUAUUUAAAACUGGUGGAGAAUAAGUGCAAUUAAGUAUAAUUUUACCAGACGUCCUUUUUCCUAAGUGCACGUGUAGGAGAUUUAUACAGAAAUAAUCGGGUAGUUCUUACCUCAUGCACUAAAAAAGUGACACCUAACAACCCUCGCGAUGAAUAUUUAAUUUCGAAAAUCAAAGCCUGCCCGACAGGUUUUUGCAGAAUCUAUGUCCCUUGUUACCAAGUUAAGCAAAAAAGUCUGAAACAUGCAAAUAUGAGUUUGCAUAAUUUUGAGCUGCCCCUGAAAAUCCGACAUAAUGAAUUCUUCUGUUUGAAUGUUUAAAAUGGAGUAAAUAGACAAGACAAUUCAAUCCUCAUUUACAGUUUUAUGGCAGAAUAUAUGAAAUGGAACGAUGUGUAGGUGUCUAAAAAUUACUCGAGACUUUAAAUGCCAAAACACUCAGUGUGUUUAAGAUCAUAUUUCCACACUAUGACAGCAAAGCUUGCUUUCCCGUUUGGAUCUUUAGAUCUAGAUAUAGAGACACAGGUUUGCAGUUUUUAUCAGAUUGAAAUAAACAUGUCUCCCAAAUAAAUAUCAAUUAGAGGUAAUCAUUAGGGAUCUGCGUUCGUCACUUGCUGAAAAAUUGAAACGAAAUCGAGUCGAAAGGAGUCCAGUUUCCCGGCCGAGGUGUCCGUGAUAAAUUAAUAGGGGCGGCUAAUUUACAGUCGCCCGUGAUAGGUCCUAAAUUUCUGCCUUAGUGCCACAGGAACAUCAGAUAAAGAUGCGUUCUGACGAAAGAGAGAAAAUUUUCAUUAAUUUUAACAUUGCAAAAAUAAUCUUAUAUGCGUGGCGAUCAAACUUUUAUUAACUAAGAAUUCUAUGAAGCCACCCUACAGACUUGACGAAAAGAGAUUAACAUUGCCAAAUACGAGUAAAAGGUUCCCCUUUAAGUAAAAACAAAAAAAAAUAAAAUAAAAUAAAAUUUAAAAACCUUGAUGCUGAGUUUACCAAUGAUUUUUUUCUUCCUUUUUUGAUUUUCGACACUCGUGAGUGUAUGGUUUCUUACACAGAGGGUGAGUUUACAAGAAUGAGGUAAAUUGUCUCGAAAACUUGAAACGAGUUACUAAAUAAAUGGUUUUCGUGAUAGCACAUCCUCAGAGCGGCCCUUCUACCAUAUCCUAAAUCUGAUUGAAAUUUAUAGAAUUUGUGUUUUGAAUGGAAGAAAAAAAUAAACAAGGAUCAACAACAAACUCAACCCCAGAUAUGGCUCUGCAUCAAACUCCCCACCAGGAACGCGGCGCUUUCUCCGCCUCGAUCUGUUGCAAACACGAAUAUAGAGUAGCGGCGAAGCUGAUUUUGAUUUUAUAAAAAGGUUUUUAAUUACAGUUUCAGAAUUCGCUGACUCCAAGAUGUCCCUGGCUCUCUUUACAAUUUAUCUCAUGUUCCGGAUGCAUGGAAGUGAGGCUGCAGGCGGGUUAUGUAAAACUUCAGAGAGAUCAGUACCUGGAAAAGCUCUUAAGGGUCACACCUUCAUGGAGUUUGCAGUGAGGGCCAUUGUUGAUUGCCAGAACACCUGUGAAAACGACCCCAGGUGUGCGAGUUACAAUUACUACAUCCCGGAUAAAGUGUGCGAGCUAAACAGCCAAACCAAGGAAACGAGACCUGAUGAUUUUGUGACAGAUGGGCAGAGGUUCUAUAUGAGACGAGACGGUAUGAUGUAUUCUGUCUCUUUAAGAUGCUUAAGACUAAAUUGUUUACACUGUACUGCAAAAGCCACCCGGUAUAAUAUGAUCGUUAACGGAACACAACUUUAACAACUCGAUCACACACAUCGAACAUCGCUCCGCGGAGCGUCUGGUCGAAAGGCUUCCACUCUAAAGAUAAGUGAGGCGCAGCUUCGCUCACGUACAGAAAUUGCACUGAAAUCACCGUUCUCAUGUGUCAACAGAAGCCUUAUCCGGUAGUAUGGUUUUCCUGUCUGCGAAAAAGCUAUCCGCAAUAGUGUGAGCAUAGUCUAAAACGUAACUCUGCUCUCUCCAAUUCUCCGAGAUGUUCCCUUCUAACCUAUUGGAAAUGGAAUAUCGAGUGCAUGCGCACGCCAAAAUACGAUAACAAUGAGGUGUGUCAUAUAUUAGUACUGUCAGUAACCGGUACAAAAAAAUCGUCCACGCAGAUAUGCAUUGCAUAUUAUAUUUGAAUUUAGAAAAAAACUCACAUUUAUUAUGUCGUCUGUUUAAUGCUAUUUGUAGAUGAUGAUGAGUGCUUGAAGACGCCACCAGUUUGUGACAUCAACGCAAACUGCAAGAACACGCUUGGCUCUUACCUUUGUUCUUGUAAAGAGGGUUUUAAAGGUGACGGUAAAACAUGUCAAGGUAAAAUUAAAAAGAAAAAUGGCACUAUACAGGAAAGACCACAUGUUACUUGUUGGAGCAAAAACUUUAAUAGUGCGAGGUACAAUCCUCAUCCCUUUAAUUUCCAACGGUCAUCUUAUCACAAUUGCAGAUAAUGAUAAUGAUAUUGAUACUGCUGAUGAUGACAAUGAUGAUGAUGAUGAUGAUGAUGAUGAUGAUGAUGAUGAUGAUGAUGAUGAUGAUGAUCAAUGAUGAUGAUGUUAAAGAAACAAGCAAUGAUAUAAAUUACUUUUCCGGAGUGUGAUCUAGAAUGAGAAAAAUGAUGUGCUUAAAACACAAAGUGACACAUUAAUGUACUGGUUGCUAUAGCCUGUUUUUAUGAAGCAGAAUUUUUAAAAGCUCAUUUAUUCUAACAUUGUAAUUCAGACGAAGACGAAUGCCAGAUCAGCACUCACAACUGUAGCGACAAUGCUAACUGUAUCAACACCAAAGGUUCAUUUAACUGUAGUUGCAAACCAGGGUACAUGGGAGAUGGCCACAACUGUUCAGGUAGGUCCUGCAAAAUCUUUUUUCUAUUUUCUUUGAUCAAUUAAAAACUUUUUGAUGCCCCCCCCCUACCCCCACCCUCCCUCCCCAAAAAAGACACAGACAAACUGUCGAGGCAUCCAGGUUUCCUAUGCGUCUUAAAACCCCUUUGAAUUGACCAACACAGUAGUGAUCGUACUGUCUACUUCUUUAAUUGGCAGAAGAGAGAGAGAGAGAUCCGGAACAGAUUUUUCAAUUCUUAGAAAGUGGCUUAAAGGGUGGAAAAAUGUUAAAGUCAUUCUCAGUCACACAACAAACGAGUUAUACUACAAACAGUUCUAGCACUAUUUUACUUUGGAUAGAAUUAUUAAGGUUCAUAAUAAGUUUGGUUAUGGAUUUAUGCAGAAGCUCUUCUUGGCGGGUAUGAAUAAAGAAACCACAUCAGUUCAUAUAAACUAUAACCACAGAUCACGACACGGAGGGUUAAUGUACGAAAAUAUAGACCAACGCAGAAUCACUGGAUCUUUCAAAAUGCAGAUCAGCAUGAACAAUGUAGCUCUGGACCAAAACAAAAACGAGCAAUUAAUACAAAACUGGCAGUGCUCGGGGUGAUGCAUGGUUGAGACUCGUAUCAGCGAAUAAUCUACUUCCUUUGGAAAACGCCGGUAGUCUCUUAAAGACACUACUACCGCGAUUUCCAGUAGUAUUUGGAAUAAAUUGGAAUACCCUAAAAACGUUUGGUAUUAAUCUACUCAUCCAUCCGUCCGUUCGUCCAUCCGGUUAUGAGGGAGUUGAAGCUGCGACGUUUUUGAGUGACGCACAUCAACCGGACGUAGACUUUUGCAUUCUUGAGCCGUGAUUUUAAACAAUUUUUUGCGCAAAUCGUCUCUAUAAGGGUAAAGACUCUUAGUAAUACAAAUUUGGUAGCGUCAAGGCAAUUUAAAAUGGAAAAUGGCUCACUUCCGGUUGACGUGCGUGACUCAAAAACGGCGCUGCUUAAACUCCUUAUUAUAUCCUUCCGUCCAAGAAAAAAUCCCAGAAAAAAUGCAUGCAGUUUUAUCACGAGUUCGAGAUAAAACUGCCUACAGGAGAUGGAUACAAUUGUAAAGGUACAAUUCUUCGGUUCUUUUAAAAUCCAUUUAACACAUUUUCGCCUUACUGGGAGGUGACUGAUGUCAUGUUCUGAAAUCAGUACAAAGAAUGGAAUGAGUUUUCACCGUAAACUAUAUAUUUAGCAAUUAUUCCUCGAGCCCGAAUGGGUUCUAAGUCAGUAGCCCAUGAGGCCGAAGGCCGAAUGGACUAUUGACGCAUGCAGAGGCAAGGAGGGUGAGAGGAAUAAUUGUUUUAGUCAAAUCCAAAUAGUUGGUCAAAAAUAUCGAGACAAAACAGCUUUAGCUAGCAAAACGCGAUUCAACCGCCGUUGGUUUGGUUUUCAAAGCCGGCGCUUUUUCGUUACUAGUGGGCUAUAACAUAUAGCCUAGAAGUAGCUCAACCAAUCAGAACUCAGCAUUGAUAAUAGACCACUAGUUGGAUUUUACUAUAAUUAUAUUAUACUGGUGGCUAUAUUGACUACCUGUUUGUUCAGGCAGAAUAAAUUUAAUUUUUACUAAAAUUAUCAUUCAGACUUAGACGAAUGCCUGAACAUCUCUCACAAUUGUAGCGAAAAUGCCACCUGUACCAACACCGAAGGGUCCUUCAACUGUAGUUGCAAACCAGGGUACAUUGGAAAUGGCCACAACUGUUCAGGUUGGUUCUUGGAAUUCCUGUCUUGCUUUCCGUUAUUUUUUGAGACUUCUGGUUUAGUACAAAACAAAUAAGGGUUCAGCAAUGUACUAUGAAUUAUGAUUUGCGGUAAAUUAUAGGAAAUUGUUACUCGCUUUUUUUCAAUAAUUAUUUCUAAUCAUUUAUUUGUUCAAUUAUUAUUUAAUUAGUAUAGGUAAUAGCAUGAUUAGUAGUGAUAUUUCGCAUAAAUGCCACCAGUGAUAUUUCGGAAUUGUUAUACGUAAUUUCACGAGCCGUUAAGCGAGUGAAAUUUGAGACAAUUUUGAAAUAUCACGAGUGGUAUUUUUCCCAAAUAUCACGUACAAAUCAUGCUAUUAUUUGUUUAUACUACUACACGCAAAAGGUUUGUAAUUUUUUCAUGUAGGUAUUUCAAAUUAAGCUGAAAUACCACUGCUUUAAGCCAAUCAAAUUGCAGAAAUUUGUCAUGUAGUAGUAUAACUUAUUCUAACAUAUAUCUCAGUCGUCACGUAUUGUGGAUAACGUCAGAGCUGAUGUUUGCAUCAUCUUGUAAGGUACAUGCUCGGCUAACUUUUAAGCAACGCGGAAAAAACGAGAGGGAGUAAACUAUUACCCCCCCAUUCUGUACUUCGAUGGGAUAAAGAUAAGAUGGUUGAUUGAGAAAAGCAGCAUUCAUUAAUGAUUGUACUUAUCCUUUUAUUGGAAAAAAGAGAUAUAUGGAGUAGCUUUUUCAAGUCUUAUGGCCUGUUUACAUGAAGGUGGGGGAUCCCAGGUAUGUGACGUAACCUGCGGCGGGUCACCCCACCUAGCAUGUAAACGUGAUAAAAUUAAAAUGAGAGAUUAAAUGGAAAGUCGGGUUACUCCCCACUUAAGCGAGAUACAACACCUACAUGGGGUCCCCCACCUCCAUGUAAACUGACAGGCCCUUAGAAGGUGGCUUAGCGGGUGAAAAAAUUCUUAGUCACUCACUUCACACAACAAACCAGUUUUACUCUUCUACAAACAGCUCUUGCACAAUUUUACUUUGGAUAAAAAUAUAAUGGUUCAUAAUUCGACCCAUAUAUAAGUGCAGGAGCUCUUCUUGACCAGUUUGAAUAAAGAAACCACAUCAUGAGUUCAUGUAACCACAGAUCACCACAUUAUUAACACGGGGGGAAAUUGUAUAUGUAGAAUUUGUACGACCAACGCUGAAUCACGGGAUCAUUCCAAAUGCAGAUGACGUACAAUGUAACUCUGUCCCAAAACAGAAACGAAUAAUUAUACAAGACUGGCAGUAGUCGAGGUGAUGUGUGGUUGAGACGUACAUCAGCGAAUAAUCUACUUCCUUUGGAAAAUGCAGGAAAUUUCUUAAAGAAACCAUUACCGCGAUGUCCUACAGUCUUUGAACUACCCCCAAAAAGUUUGGUAUUAAUCUACCCAUCCGUGCGUCCGUCAAUCCCUUUAUUUCAUCCUCCAGUCCACGAUUAUCCCUGAAAAAAAAUGUAUACAGUUUUAUGACCUUUUUCUCGCGUUCGAGGAAAGAGAACACCGUCCUAAUCAGUUUUGCUAAGGUACUCCUUUGUUUAGAGUUAGUUUAUUUAUUUUCCGCUUUCAUUUUGAAAAAUCGCCAUAUUUUACAUACGUUCAAAUUAACAUUUCGUUCAAGAUUAGUGUUGCGCUGUUGCGAAACUUGUGCGGAAACCUCGACGAAAAGUUCGUCAGCGAUCAAUCGAGUGGUUUGAAAGAGAUGUUCCAGGGAUGCAUUUGGAUGAGGUGUUGUUUAGACAAAAUUUUGAGUUUUCUCGUGCAGCAGGUCACUUUCCCGCCACUGUAGCGCGCGUCUCAGCCGUGAAGGUCUGGGAUAUAAUUGAAAACAGAGCAUGCGCAGUAAUCGUUCACGGCCUCAACAGGUCGCGGACAACGUUUUAGUGCCGUUUAUACGAACACUUUCACGUCCAAGGUAAGCCGUGCCUUGGAUAAGCCCAACCCAGAACUCCUCGGUCAGGAUAAGCCGCGGCUUGAACUCACGCCGUGGGUUGAAUAAGCCGUGAACGUAGAUUUUGUACCAUUUAUACGGGGUGUUCGCGGCUUGUAUAAGCCGGGGCCAGAGUAAGCCGUGGCUUAUUUUUUCUCGUAUAAACGGCCCUAUUGUCUCACCGCCGCGUUGAAUUUUCAUGUUUUUCUUCCUACAAAAUCGUCUCUUUUAUUUUCAAUCACUCGCUCUAGCUCUUUCUCUGUUAUCCACGUGAGUGUAAACAUCAAAAAUAACGUCGAAAAAGACACGACUUUAUUGUUGUUUUUUUUCUUUCUUAAAGUCCGGGCGACCAUGUGAUUGCGUUGCAUUUCGGUUGCCAUACCUGUUGAUUGAAUUAUUUUACAUUGGUAUGCCUGUGGUGCGGACGGACUCUCGGGCGGUCGGUCGGUGUAAAGUCACGUGAUUACCAAAUUUUCUCGGAUGGGUAGUUUAUAUACCACAGUUUCUUACCCAUGGUGCUCCCCUGCGCGCUUCGCGCGCGAGAGCUCCUCUAUCAUACUUUACAUUGUCAGUGCUUUCAGCUCUGUAGAGCUAGUGGAACCCCAUAUUAAAGGGACUGGUUCACGAUAAUGCGCAUGCGCACAGUUUGUCUCUUCAGAAUAAAUUUGUUGGGUCAACACUAAAUUCGAAAUCGCCAUUACCUGUACAAUCAUUGAAAAUCCUUCGUUUUAUUCGGACAUCCGUCGCUUUGGCUGGUCUAGUUAUACUUCGGUAGUGGUGAUUAACGUGUGGUUGUGUCGUUUGACUGGUUACGUUUUAAGAAGACGCAAAAAAUAAUGUUUUGAUCAUGGAGGUUGAGAAGAGCAUCGUGGCGGUCCGGCAACAGGACGUUCUCAAGAGUCUCUGGAGAUAGAGAAGCUUAGCCUAUCGAUCUGGUAUGGUUCUAGGAGUACUGUGUGGCAUACGAAAAGAAUACACGACACUUGGAAAGUGGUUAAAGGCAUGAGUUCGUUCAACUUUGAUUUGAUUUUUGACUCCGACCUGUAGUUAUACCGCAACAGGCCGCGCGAUCUUCACCGAUCUGGUACACUUGAAAUGUUCCUUGUAUCUUUGCUUUACGAUCGUAUAUGAUUAAGAAUUGAUGUUUUUAAAAUAAAUUAUUGCGUGAAUAUUCUGUUCAUAAUCUAGUUUCUUUAUGUGUGCUACUCGAUAACAUUUGUUUUGCGGAACACUGACCCGAUUCAACGCGAAUGAAUUUGUUCAUUUGCUGAUAAGCAAUUGAAAUUUAUGCUCAAUUAAGGAUAAUCUUUAUACUCAUACGUUGUGUGUUUUUGUCACCGGUCCGGUGUUAUUUGUAGGUAUUUCUGGGUUUAUAUAAGGCGAACUGAGAGAACAGUAAUACGAUGUUUGUUUACAAAUUUUGUUUGCCGAUCGGUGACUGUUUUGUUAGCGUGGGUACGACCUCGUAAAAAUACACGUUGGUAAAUGUUUGUUUCAAAGCAGGACAGGGCUGUAAAUCUUAUUCUUAUCGGCUGCAACAUAUAUCUGAGGAGUAGCAAAGAAUAAAAUUUGAAUUAUGGGGAUAAAUAAAAUCAAACCAAAUGCCCGGAAAUACUCUCGCGUCGCGGACAAUUAAUUUGAAUUUUGUAAAUUUACUUGCGUGCAUCUAACUCGCUUCCGAUUGGUUGAAAAACAAUCAGCUACUGUCAGAACUCACACAUGCGCAUUAUCGUGAACCAGUCCCUUUAAUGCUUUCAAAGUUCGCUUAGCUGGUAGCGUUAAAAGAAGAGGAUAAAUGACGGGUAUUUGUGAGAGACUGAGCACUGAAUCUUGUUGCUUUAUCGCAUUUUAAUACUGUACUGGACAUACACCUGUAAUUCUGUAACUAAAUCCCAAACACCAAUAAAAGGCUUCGUUUGGUUAUUGUUUUGGGGUAAACCCAGUGGAGAUUUUAGGGUAAUAAUAUUUUUAUGGUUAAGAAGAUAACAAGAGGCAAGUAUAAUUUUGCCAGUGGUUGUUGGGUGUGAAUUAGAAAAGUUUGUGGUGUACUAGUUUAGUCCCUUUUCUAAAAUAUAAUUCCGGACUAAAGCUUACAAUAUAUAUCGAUCCAAGUGCAUGAUCAGCAGGGUCGACGUCAGCAGUACGAAUAAAGAAAACAGCCCAUAAAGAAAAGUAGGGCUAAAAAACAAAGAUUAAACAGAAUUAAAAAAAAAAAAAAACGAUACAAAGAAACAGAAAAAGAGGCGUCGCCGAGAGUCGAACCCAGAACCCACAGCACCACACUGAAACACACACAUGUUUUGAAAAAUUAAUUUGAUUAUAUCAAAACCAUUUUUCUAAGCCAUAGACGCUUUUUGAAGCUGAUAGAGCUGUAUUUAUCAUUAAUUCAUUUAUACAUUUGAGGAAAAUUAGCUUAAGCGCGUAUUUCAAAGCCAUUUUGCAUUUUUUCCAGUUCAACGGGCCGCUCGAUGUAGAUAAUCCAUCAAACUAGCUUUACUGAAUUUGGUGGCGAAUUAGGAAAUCAACAGAGGCCCACACUCGAAAGGAUUGAUAUGAAGUUAGGUCGGUUUAAUUAGCAAAAGAAUAUAUGAAAUAUAAACAUGUGUGAUCUGUGAAUGGAACCUCCUAAAGCUCACACACUUACGAUCAAAUUAGCGAUAUUUGCUAGCUUCUUAGCUUUUCCUCCACCUCGCUCGUCUUAAUAACCGUGGUAUCCCUUGCUAAUUUGCAAAAGCGACCCGAGGCUCUUGCCCGUUACUAUAUGACGUCACACUGGCAGGCGGAGUGGGUCAAGAUAUGACUGACCAUGAUAGCGGCGGCAACGACAGAUAUUGCUCCGACUGAAAUCAAUCCACAUUUGGUUUUUAACCCUCAAAAGAAUUCAUUUAAAUGGAACAGCGACUUAAUAGCCUUACGAGAAUUCUGGAUCACUGAACUGGAAGGAGGAGAUGAGAAUAAUUUAGUGAGCGUAAACUCCAACGGUAACACAGAGGUUAAAGUUUGAAUCGGUAACCGUUAACUUCUAUUCCUCCACAAAAACUUUACAAGUGCAAGGCUCACAAAAGGAUCAGUAUGUAAAAAAGCUUCGGAAUAUUGUCGAAAAAGGAACUAAAUAUCAAGAUACUCUGAUCGAAGUAACGCCUAACAGUAGAAGUGCUGAGAUUACUGAACCAGUGUUGAAUUUGAAACCAACAAGUGAUCACGAUGACCGUUAUGAAAGGUUCGAGGCCUUCAUCAAAGAACAACGCGACUUUAACAAGAAGAUUGAAAGUCAUAUUUCCUCUAACUCCAUAGAAAUAAGUGAAUGCACGAUAGAGUUAAAAGAUUUAGAACAAAAGUCUAAAAACCAAGCAAAAGAAGUAAAACUAUCCUGCGAAAAUCAUAUUCAAGCGGUUAAGGACGAAAUCGGCGAAGUGGUGCAAAAGUUAGCAAAGCAAAUUGCAAAUCUAUCCUCCAAACUGUCUUCGGAUCUAAAAACACUGAAAACUAAAGCAUCAUCUACUGAGAACUCGAACAAACACAUUUUACAACAACUCAAUGACAACAACAAAUCAAGUGUAUAUAUCUGAACAGCACUCAUCUCACAGUUUCAAGAAACAAGCCAUCAAGACCCUGCAUCACAACUUUCAACGGUAAUAGCGGACUCAAUUGAGUACACGUACACAGCAGCUACGUCAAACAGGUAUGAAACUCUAGUCGAGGAAAAUCGCUCGAUCGUUGCAUGAAUCUAUCCCACCAAACACGCAACCUAAUCCAUCAUCUACUACUACUUCAAGUCUCACUGCUACAAGAACGCAACCACCAAUCUCCCAGCCCAACGAUCAACUUGCUUCUACAUCCUCCUCAAAUCAGAAUCAUGUGAACAGCCCAAUAAAUGAGCGAUCAUCAAAGGGACCGAUGCUUUUAUUAGGAGAUUCGACGAUCAGAGGAAUACAGCAACGCAAGUUCGCCCCAAACCGUUAUGUAAACAAACAAACUAUCGCUGUGGGAACGAGGGAAAUAAGCCAGUACAUCAACCACAUGGAGGAAAGAAAUGAUUAUGAUAACAUUGUAAUCCAUUCCGGUACAAAUGAUGUCGGCAAACUGACCGCAAAUGAAAUCAGAACAAACAUGGAAAACUGGCUUGUCAACCUAAAGCAUAAAUGGCUGAAUAGUACGAUAUAGCAAUUUCAGGACUGACCUACGUCCCACGGGAUAACAGUAAAAAUCAGCUUAUUGAUGAAAUCAACCGUCACUACGAAAGCAUAUGCACAGAUCUAAGUGUGACUUUCAUCGACAACAAAAGAGUAACGUGCGACAACUACGGAAACUUAAUUGAGCAAAUAUUAGGAAUUUCUGCCUCGGAUGUGCCGCUGGGACCACGGAUCCAUUAACCUAUACCAGAGCUAGUUCAGGUGAAUUUUGCUACCCUAUACUAGAGUAAACUCCCCAAAUCCGCCCUAUCCAAGAGUAGCUGUUUUCCAGAAACUACUGAGGUCACUAGCACAGUCUAGCCAAAACAAAACCUUCUACCUUAAAAUCGUCAACCAACUGAUCAGUUUCCUGAAAAAUGAUACCCUAUUCUAGACCCAAACGUUCUGGUUUAUAGCGGGGCUCCCGCGCGCGCGAAGCGCGCGUGGGACAGAGCCCCAUACCCAUGGAAUAUGGUCAACCUCUUUUCGUUUGGUUGUCACGUGAUUGACCGAGCGUACGUACGUACGUACGUACGUACGCGUCUACAGAUUGUAUGGGUGGGGUAGGGGAGACUAUCAAAAGGAAGGGAGGGGUGUCUCAGGCGUGUCUUGGCAAGCCCACAUCUUUAAUAUAGGACAUUAACAAUAUGGUCAAUUGACAGCUGUCCAAACAGGAUAGCCACUGACCAGUAUCCCAUGACCAUAUCGCGGGCUCAUGUGUCAACUCAUCGAGGUGACGUGAUUUAUUUGGAAGCUGUCCGCUGACCAGUUAACUGUUUUACUAGAUCGCGAACAACGUUCAAUCUCAUACUUUUACUAGUUUGGGAGCACAGGAAAACUGAUAAUGCACACAUAUUGGACAUCAAUGUUUUGAUCAAUUGACAGCUGUCAAAACAGAGUACCCCUGACCAGUAUCACUUGACCGUAUCGCGGGCUCAGGUGUCGACCCGUCGAGGUCAAGUAUUUUUUGAAGUUAUCCGCUGACAAGUAAACUAGUUUUCAAGUGAUCGCAGGCUCAAGUUCAAUUUUUUUCUUAAUUCAUAUGAAAUAUGUUGUGUUUAUGUGCUGCACAAUUAAAAUUUUGAUUGCAAACUGACCUCGGACGUGAAAAUUCAGCCAGCUGUUACAGGCAGGGAAGACAGUUGCUUUUUUUUUCUCACAAUGGUCACGCGUUGGUCACGCUCUACGUCCAAUUUUUAUGCUCUGAUUGGUCAAAAUUUGACAUGUGAGUUCAUGCGCAAAAUUUAUGCAGCAUCUUGAAUCUUGUUUACUUUAACAGCUGAAGCUGACAGAGUUUUGUGUCAACUUGUGAUGUUUUUAACUGUCUUUUUCCACUGGAUGUACAAAAUGAAAUUCAGCUGCUAUCAGGAGUCUUCUGUUACUCAUGGCUAGUUUGUUUAUUGGGUUUUUGGUUGAGAAAACGUCGCUUGUCAAAGUCGGAAAUCCGAUUUCGGAUGGCAUCGUUUUCGUUUUCACCUUGCUUAAUGCGUAAGAGGAUUGCAAAGUCUGAAGCGAUACUGGCUUUACCUGAUAACUUUCAGGAGCUGCAUCUCGAAUGGUAAGCCAGAGAAAUUAUUGUAUUUCAUGUUUGUUUUUUGUAUCUAAUUUAAUGAAGUGGAGCGUAGUUUAUGCGGGAAUUUAGUUUAUGCGCGUUUGUAAGUUUUGAGACAACGAUCUCACCGAGUAUCUGGUUUGAUAUAAUCUUACAGAACUUUAAAAAGCCUUUAGACAGUUUCUCACCGCAAAUAGAAAGAAAAUGUUCCAAAGAAUCUUUAGUUAUAAUUCUAGCCGGAAAAGAAAGCUUUGAGCGAUUUUCAUGCCUCGAGUUCGUCUUUGAAAAAACAAACACCGGGAAGCUGGCUUAAAACAUAAACUUCAGCAAACUUAAGCUUGAAGCUUGAAGACUCAGGAUAUUUAGGGACACUUUAAUACUUGUCUUCCUGAAUGAAAAUUGUUGUCUCUGUUUAUGUUUCACCGAAUUAUAUUUCUUUUAUUGAUUGUUGGUAGUCUCUCUUGCAAUUUUAAUCGCUAUGCCGAUUGUUUUCAGUCGUUCAGUGAACAUCGCUUGCAGGAGUUCUCAAAAUGCCGCGCGUUAAACCAUCAAACAAAAAAAUAAACGUGAUAAAUUCUUUAUUAUCUUGGAGCGUAACUCUGUUAAUGUUCAUUCAAACACUCGCUACAGCUCGCACUACAAAAGCGAGAACCGGAUGGCCGUAUAGGUGAUUUUGGAAAAUUUUUUUAACAGUUUAUGAAUAUUGAAUGAGAGCAAUUUGUAUUGUGAAAUACUGCUUUCUGUCCAUGGUAUAAAAGGUUGGUUUACACGCACCCAGAUUGGUUGGCAAGAUUUUGCAAAGUAAACUUGUCGAACGCCAAAACGUUGGCCUGAUUUUUUUUCUAAGCCUAAUUGAUCUACGGUGAUCAAUAGCCAUUACGGCUCUUAAAUGUGAUAAAAGAUGAUUACCAGUUUUUGAGUGUACAUAUGAGGCUAUCAACUCGAUGUAAGAUUUGGUUCACUCUUGGGCUGUUUGCAAAUUAUUUUUCUCUAAAAUCAGGUAGCCUUUCCCUCAAAAGUCACAUAAAUGUGCUCUAAAGUUAACUGAAUUGUGGAAUUCGAAUACAAGUUUAUUGUUUAAUUUAAAUUAUAAAUUUACUAAUGGGAGCCUCGCUUUUAGCCCUGGCUAAAUCUAUAUAUUAUACCCUAUCUUAAAGCAAACUGCUUGAAAACCAUGCCCUUCACAGCGGCACAUACCUAUAUAGCCCAUAUAUGGCAGUAACCCCCGUAUAACAUACUUUGUUUGAAUCUAAAUUUUAUUUUCCUGAAGGGAGCUAAGUUGUUGCGUGAAAAACCCCGCCCCACGCAUGAGGGAACUGUAACAGGUGCCUUAAAUUAUCAACAAGCCCAUAUCAAAUUUCUUUCCAUUCGCUGUUAUACGCCGGCUUAACCCUCGGACGUACACGCAAGUCAUACCCUCAGCCUGGUACAAUGAGCCCCGGGGGUUGGGGUUGAUGGAUCCUCCCCUUGUUUCGAUCUUGGCUUCAGUGGAAAGCCUUUGACCUUAAUUCUCUACAAGAUGAAGUAUAUUUUAUUUGUGGUGGCUCUGCUAAAGGUCUGUGACGUCACCAAACAUGGUAACCAUCUUGCAUUUUUUCAAGAACUAGGAAUCACGUAAAAACGGUGACAAUUAAUAAUUUUUUUUGCGCUUAACAAGUAAAACAACACAUAAAAAAUUACUGUGCAUCAUUUUAUCCAGACGUUUUUCUUUUAUUCCUGAAAAAAGUUGAAAAACAUACAUUUUCACUCAAAAAUGGCUUGACCACCUGCUACUUAUGACGUCAUAUCUCGUAUCCAUAGUAACUGACCAUUUCAAACUUGUCUUAAAAUGCGCGUGAGGGAUAAACGAACAGCUAUAGAAAAAUUAAGGUUUCGAUGUUUUUUCGUCUAGGUAAAAAAUCAGAAAAACCUUGUCUCACCUAAUUGCAAAGCAUCCUUAUGAAGACAUCUCCUGCUAAUGUAUUACAGAAUGUUUGCAGAUUUAGGGAUAUAACUCACAUUAUUCGCGGCACUUUUCUGGAGACUGUUGUAAGAGAGGCAUUUUAUAAUUAAUUUAUACUUAGGCCUAUUCUCCAUAUAUGACUUUCUACUUAUUGUAAGCUAUUUAUGAUGGUAAUAGAGCAUGGUGCAUCAUUUUCAGUGGUACAUAAUAGGAUUGCCCAGUACCGUUCUUCUCUCCUGUAAUCCCGACCCAAAAUUUCAUGCAAUACCGUAAUCCCGAGGGUUAUUUUUCCACAUCCCACCUCCCGUGAUGCUUUCAAUCCCGAAUCUUACCCCGAUUUUUCUUAAAAUCCCGCGUCCCGAGUUUCAAAUAUGGUAAAUUUCGAAUCUUGAAAACCUAUUGGGGGCAAUAUUGUAUCAGGCACUACGAGGCCUGGAAUUCGUUUAAGAGCUCCAAACUAUAUGAAGCUCUCCUAAAAAUUGCCAUAAAUUUGCGUAGUCACGAUCAUUUUAAAGUGAUGAUCUACCUCAAAAACUUGUGAAAGCAGGUGGCUAUUAAAUGAAGGGGUUACUGAUCUAAUUUUUCCCUCUGCAAAUGUUGUUCAAGUUCGACACUGUCGAGACAACGAAGGCGUCACUAUUGCGGUACCUCUGCCACAGUUCUGUUGUGAAUAUGGGGCUUGAAUCGCCAGUUUUAAUAAUGUGCCACUAAACACUAUCAUCGGAUCAAAGUCCCUCCAUUUAUAAACCCUCCUAAAACACCUUAAGAAAAUGUAUUUACGCAGGGCUUAUAAGCCGAACUUUACAAUGCGUAAAAAGGCGGUUUAACAACCGAGUGUUAUUAUAAGAAGAUAUAUUUGAUCAAAGAGUAAAUGCGGCCAGUGACAAGAGUAGCCCGCAAUCCUAAUCGCCAUCACCCCUGCACUGUACGUAUUGCAGGCAGCUUCGUUUGGACUUCCACUAACAAUGCAAUGGAAUGCAGAAGUCGCAAUCUGAUAACGCUCGUCUGGACCUCAGUCUAUCACUCGUUAUCUGAUUACGCCUGAUUUGAUUUUCUAUCACUAAAACUUACGCAAAGCACAGCAUUGGUUGAGCAAGAGCAUCAUGUCAGACCUUCGCUGUCGUCCGCAUUCCAUAACCUUUAGUACAUAAUAUAUCUUUGUUGUCACAUACUGUCCUGCGUAGAAUUCAUUCAAGAUGCAUCUUAACUAAAAUUGUAAUUAACAUUCAGAUAUAGACGAAUGCCAGAUCAGCUCUCACAAUUGUAGCAACAAUGCCAUCUGCAUUAACACCAAAGGUUCCUUUAACUGUAGUUGCAAACCAGGGUAUAGUGGGAAUGGCCACAGCUGUGCAGGUGGGUGCUUGCGAAGUUUUAUAUAUUUACUUAGGCUCCCAAUCCUUGCAGGGUCACCGUUACAGCCCUCACUGAAUUACUGGGGCCCGUAACAGUUCCUUCCCUCAUGAGAAAUAGACCACCACACCGGGGACUACGUCCCCACCUAUUUACGAACAGUACGUGGGUUCUUUAUCGUCCCAAAGAAUUUAUUUGUGCCAGGGUUGUGAGACGGGGACUACGAUUUAUCUUCCUUAGCCGGGAAGACUAGAAAGUCUAACCGUUUGCAGAUUUCUUCACCGUGACUUUUUUUUUGUAUCUGUUACCUUCUAGUUUUGAGUAAUUUUGGUUAUAAAAAAUAAGUGAAAUAAAAGGCACACAAGCACAGAAAAAAAAUGUUAUGAAACUCGGAUAUAAAGAUAUAAAGGAGAAAUAAAGACAAUAAUACUUAUAUUUUCUGUUCCAAAAAGUCAAAAUUCUAAUGAAAAAGAAAAAAAAUUCUUUAACAGCAAAAGCGUAUGUUAGUAACCAUGGCGACACCAAUAUCCUCACACUUGAAAGAUAAAAAUAGUAUCUUCAGUGCGAGCGAUGAAGAUAUGAUUUUUUAGUAAUAGGAAAAAUCCUGGUAUUUCAUCAGUAUCUAUAUAAUAAUACAAUUUUACUGAUAUGAUAUGCUUUACGCCUCGUGUUAUGUUAGAAACCAAAGUUAAAUAUAUGCGGUUCUUUUCUUAUUGGUGCAAAGCAAAUUGGCAGCGAGUUUUCAAAACAAAAAAGUGUUUAUUGUAACUGAUUUGCAGUGCUUUUAUAUUCUUUCAAUAAUCAGACGAACACUUUGUUGUGGAAUUCCUCUAAUACGACAGAUAAUGCACUUUUGCAGUGUUUAUGUUCAUCAUUUCUCGUACCAGCACCUUUACAUUUACUGGGUUUAUUCUUCAGACAUAGAUGAGUGCAAAGCUGCAAAUAAUAGUUGUCAUGAAAAUGCUUGGUGUAAUAACACUCAAGGAUGA